AUGGCUCCCCGAGUACCCGAUCCUGCGCUUCCUUUGCGGCCUGGGCCUGGCAGCGUAGCUGAGCAGGUACAAUAUCCGUCGCCGUUGCGCUUCAAUGGGGCCUUGGAUAAAUUCGAUUCCGAGGACACGACGCCUGCGAUCGGUCGUGAAUUCAGCAACGUUAAUAUUGUUGAUGACCUUUUGAAUGCUCCGAAUUCAGACGAGCUCAUCCAGGAUCUUGCUAUCACCAGUACGAUGCCCCCACCAUCUGUGCUGAAUUUCACCUCUGACAAGUUUUCUACAGUCUCCCAGCGGGGUGUUGUCUUCUUCCGUGCCCAAGACAACCUUACGGAUGAUCUGCAGAACGAAUUUGGAGUCGCAGACGCGCAGGUGAGCACCAUUAGCUCGCUUGCCCGAAAGAAGAUGUUUCGCCACGAAAAGCAGCUCAACACCCGUCGUUACGACUCGGCUCAAUGGCACUCCGAUAUCCAAUUCGAGCCUGCGCCGGCUGAUUAUACUUCACUUCGCUUGACCCAGUUGCCAAAGACCGGCGGCGACACACUUUGGGCAUCGGGCUAUGAACUUUACGACCGGUUCUCACCAGCAUACCAAAAGUUCUUUGAGACCCUGACAGCGACGUAUAGUGGUUCUGGUUUCAUUGCCGCUGCUAAGGCGGAUCCUGAGAACGUCAAGAUCUAUACUGAGCCAAGAGGGAACCCUCUCAACGUUGGGGAAGAGCUGUCCGCUGUCCACCCCGUUGUACGCACUAACCCGGUUACGGGUUGGAAGAGCAUCUAUGCAGUUGGGCCAUUCCCUAAGCAAAUCAAUGAGCUCAGUCCAACUGAAUCAGAGGAGCUCUUGAAGAAAUUUUACAACACUAUCCUUGAGAGCCAUGACAUUCAGGUGAGGUUCAAAUGGCGGAAUCAAAACGAUAUCGCGAUUUGGGACAAUCGAUCAGCUUUCCACACUGCCACAUUUGACUACGAAGGGCUAGGGGAGCGCUUUGGCCACCGAGCGGUUGGUAUCGGCGAAAAGCCGUACUUGGACCCAAAUAGUAAAUCGAGGGCAGAAGCAUUCGCGGAGGAAAGUGCUUGA